AUGGCACGUUCCACAUCAGACCACGCGCUCCUCAGCUCUUCACCCAGCACGCCCAAUCGUCGACCCUUGGCGCUAUCCACCUCGGCGAGAAAGCGAUCCCGCAACGACGUCGACUUUGACACCGACGACGCAUGUCUCCCUGCCAGUCCGCUUUCUCGUUUGCGUCUAGAGACCCCUGUCAACAGGCGAAGCUCGUCGUUGCAUCACUUCAACAGCCCGAACACUUCCCGCUCCAUCCCAGACGAGGAAUCCGGAUCCUACUUUCCCCUCUCAUCCCAAGAGUCGGCACAGAGCUCCCUCUUUGACACGCACAGCAUCGCCGAGAGUUCCUCCGCACCCACCUCCUCCAGCUCUUCCGACUGCGACGUGCCUUCUCCUGUCAACCACGCGCUGCUCGAAUCGGCAAACCAACAAAAGUACUCGAGCGUCUAUGCACACGCGAGGGCACUACUUCGCUACGCUGCAGGUGUCGACCCAGCAGAGACUGAGGCAGGUCUCACCAUCACCAACGCUGCUGUCUCGAAGCUCGGCGGACAUCACGUCAAGGUCGUCGGUCGCGAGUCGGAGCGUACCGCCAUCCAGCUCUUCUUGCAGCACAACUUUGGCCUCUUUGCCGACGCAGAGCAGCGGGCAGCGAGCCUCAAUGUGGAGCUCGAUGGCGAUGCUGAAGCUGCCUGCCUCUACGUCUGCGGUCUGCCGGGUACCGGAAAGACGGCGCUCGUCCGUUCGGUGCUCAACAGUCUCUCCGAGUCGACACCUUGCACGUCAUCCUCGCCGAGCCUCCCUCGCGUCGCUUUUGUCAACUGCAUGACCUUGUCGCACCCGCGCCUCAUCUUUGGCAAAGUGCUCCAGGCGCUCGGCUCCAACGCCGCCGAAGGUCAGUCUGACGCCUUCGCCGAACAGGCUCUCUCCACCCUGAUCCGCGACGGAAACCAGCGCAUCCUCAUCGUCCUCGACGAGAUGGACCACCUCCUUCAGAGCCGUGCCCAUCAAAACAUUCUCUACAAGAUCUUCUCGUGGACCGCCAACUCGAACCAAUCCCCCGGUGCAGGUGCACGCGGCGGCUCCGCGUGCAGCCUCAUCGGCAUCGCCAACUCGCUCGACCUCACCGAACGCUUCGUCCCGCUGCUGGCUAGCAAGGGCGCUUCUCCUGCGCUGCUGCAUUUUCGACCGUUCGAGGCGAACGAGAUCGUCUCUGUCAUUCGCGAUAGGUUGUCUGGGCUGUAUGCUCGAUACGACGAUCAGGAAGAGGAGCCAGCCUCUUCCGGCGAGGGUGUUGGAGAGAAAGACUCGCUCGCGUUGUUUACGCCGACGGCUGUCGAGCUGCUUGCAAAGAAGAUCGCGGGUGCCACGGGCGAUCUGAGGAAGGCGUUGGAUGCAGCACGUUUGGCGGUGGAAUUGGUGGAGGGAGAGCAGAGGAGGAAGGCGAUGGUGGAAGUGGAAGCUAAGCGCGUCAAGGAUGAGGCUGCUGCUGCUGCAGCUGCUUCGGCAUCAGCAGAGGGAGCUUCUGCCGAGUCGACCGACGUUGAGCAGCCGCAAACCGCAGCAGCGGUACGUGCCAAGCUGCUCACCCACCUCACCCCCACCACCGCCCCCAAAGUGGGUCCCACCCAAAUCCUCAAAGUGCUCACCUCCGUGCUCGGCUCCCCGAACCUCUCCAAGAUCCGCAACCUCGGCGUGCAGCCCAAACUGGUGCUGCUCUCCAUCCUCAUCGCGCAAGCACGAUCCGAGCAAGGGCUGAGCAUCCUCGGCAGCGCCACCAGCGCCUCCCCACCCACCUCCGCCAGCACCGGAUCCGCACUGCGCAUCGUCGACAUCGAACACACCUACCACGCCAUCCUCCGCUCCGAAAACACGCUCUUCACGCCGCUUGAAGCGUCGGAACUGCUCGGCGUGUUCGACAUGCUCGAGGUCAACGGUGUCAUCCGCAUCUCGAGCGAGGUCGAGACGCUCCACACGAGCUCGCGGGACGGUGUGACGGCGAGCAGUGUGGUCAGUCCGAGCGGCAAGCGGGCUGCGAAGAAGCAGCUGUUGGCGGGAAGCAGACACGUGUACCUCGCGAUGAGCGGUGAUGAUGUUCAGAGGGGGAUCUGUACCAACAGUCCGGGGAUGGGGAGUGGAGCGGUGGCGGAUACGAUCGGGAGGGUGUGGGAGAGGGAGAAGGAGCGGGCUGUCAAGGCCAAGGUGUACCACAGUAUUGCGGUGGAGAACGCGAGGAUUCGUCAGGACGAGUUGGGAGGGGGGAGGAUGGGCGUUCCCAUUGGAAGCUUUUAG